AUGUCGAAAUCAAAUGUGACUAAUGAUUCUAGUUCCUCAUCAGCUAGUCGCAAUUCACCAUCAUCAUCUCGUCAUCAUUCACUAUCAGAAUCUUCAAGACGUGCAUCAUGUAAACGUCCUCGUCAAACUUCAAUUUCUCCUCCACCUCAAGCAACAUCUACUAAACUGGCACAGGCUGAUGGUCUCU